GCUAAUGAAUUCAUUUCUCAGUGUUCCCCAACUAACGAUGCCGACAGUGUUGACGGCGUCGCAUGGGGUGACUUCCAUGCCUUCCUCGUCGUUCUCGUCUUCUUCCUCAACACUUUUAAUGCUACCUCCUUCCAUGUCGCCUUCUCUGUUAUCCGGCUCAUCUCCGUCCUCCUCAUCAUCGCCACUCGACCCUUUGUUGACAUCGAUUCGUCACCUGCUUUCUCGAGCACUGUCUCUACCAUGCUCUACGGCGGCACAAGCCUUCAUACAGCUCGUACAGCCAACCUUGAGGUUCCAAGUCGCUCUGGACGCGUUGUUGCCUCUGUUAGAUGGUGAUCUACAGACUUCUUCAGCCACCGCCAACGCCGAUACAAUCAACCGCUCCAGUAAUAACCAGGUUGCUCAAAGAAUUCUCGUCUCAUUCAUCUUGUAUUCGCUAUAUGCGCCUCACCCAAUAUCAAUCAACCCAUUCAGAUCAGCGCUAUUGAUGACGUUCGUAAAUGAGCGAGAAAGGGCAAUUCGCGCAGCCAACGUCCAUGCAGAGACGAAUAUUGUAACUCGAGUGACAGGAAACCCGUCUAGCGAACAGCUCGUCUGGGUCCUCUGGAAGAUUUUACGUGGAGACGGGAACGAUAUUGGGCCGUAUACCCCAUCAACCCUUGCUCGCUCCCCAUUGCCACCAAAGCUGGCAGCCAUUAAUUUGAUUUUGGACGAGUCUGAUGAUAAUGACUUAGAUAAUUAUUAUACUGCCGCCCGUAACGCAGGCUCUGGCACAUUGUUUAACACAGAUUCAACCACAAAUACCUCUCGUGCAACUACAUUCGUUACUCCUUCAGAAGACCUCGAAAAUGCUGUGAUAAGUCGCGGUUUGACUCUUCUACUCGCCGCUCGUGAACGAGUGCUGUCUCUCUCCGAACGACGGACACUUGAACCAAUCUUUCCUGCGCUCGCUGCAUCCGAUAUUAUUACGCCUCGCGAUCUAUCCUCCAUCGUGACAUUCAACCCGGAUGUUGCUUAUCCCUUGUUUGUGGAACUAUUGACCACGUCUGUUUCUUCUCCCUCUACCUUCAUUGAUCUUCUCGACAUCCUCCCGUAUCUCCCCUCUUCUCUAUCCACCUUCGAUUUGAUGGGAAAACUCCUACGGGAUGCUCGCCUCAUUCCAAUACCGAACGCUAUAGCACACUUGCUGAUCAUAAAUGGUCACGAUCACGACGAAAAUCAUACGCCCGAGUCGCGCGUUCCACUAGGAAAGCUUAUACGUUAUCAGGUCCUCGCCAGGUUCAUGCACGAAUGUAUUGAACGACUGGAGAAGGAAGAAAAAGAGCGAACAUCACUCGAAGGAUCUGGGGGUAGUAGCGAUGGCGAUGAUACCUGGGGUAGAGGAGUACGGAAUCUUUGCAGAUUCUACCUCUCCCUUAUUAAACUCAACAUUGUUCAAAACCCUAACUCCGCAAAUUGGGAAAAUUAUGAGAUCGAGUCUUUCUCAGCAGAUUCGGUGGAGAUGGCACACUUCGCUUUGAGGAACUCCAGGUUCGAGGAAGCGAGAAUGCUUUACGGUGUGCUGGCGACCGGAGGGUUUGAUAUGUAGGCAUAUCAGGGAGUUACCUCUAAUUAUCACACGACGUGGGUUUCUGUGAACUAUCUCUUCUGUUGUAUUAGGACGACUAACUGAUCACUUAUGCAUCAACUAUUUAUUCUCAUGCGGCCCAGCGUUUUCCCUGUAAUACGAAUAACCACAACGCCUCCACGUUUACAGUAGUAUAUUCUUUUUAUCCUACCAUUACAUUUACUCACCUCAUGCUGCUUUCAAUUCUCUUUGCUCCGUUACUUACAUAUGUGUCCGUACUCAAGCUCUAUGCCGUGCAUGAUUUUUAUGUUUUAUUGACUGAUAGACAAAUUCAAAAUAUGCAGGUUCUAGUCAACGAUUCUUCGAAGGUUG